AACUCAACAAAUCCAAUUCAAGUCCUUUAACAUAAUAUACAACGAAAUGGCCAGGGUCAACAAUUUCCUUGCAGUACUAGUCUUCUGCUUAAUGUUCCUCAACGUAGCCAUGGCCUGGAGCUGCUACUGUGUUGAUUGUGGAUCUUCCUCGUGCGUCCGUCGUGAUACCGUCACCCGUACGGUGUACGAAAAGGGCUCCAAACAAUGGAGAUUGUCGAGCCGCGAUGGCAAAUAUCACGUCUAUAAUAUCGAUGGUGCAGACAGGAGCUGGUUCAACACGUUGUGCGACAGGAAUGGAGCUAUGGGUGGAACCUGUUUCUAAAGAAAGAACGAUAAUCAUCCCAGGAUAAUUAACCAUAGUGGCGAUAAGACAUAACACAGUAGAGCAGAACAAUAAAGGCG